GAGGGAGCAGGACGAACCACGAGGAGCUAAAACUACUGAAUGUGAGAGCAGGGGCCGCUUAAACACGACAUGCAGCUCUUUUUUCCUCUCUAUGGAUUAUGAUUUGUGCUUUUCCAACUCUUCUCCGCGCUGCCUCCAUCACAUCUUUCACUGGAAUGUGCGCAGCAGCUUGUGCAGGACACGUCUGAGCACUAAGAGGAGCUAAAAAGAAAAACCAUCUUUCUAUUAUUAGAGAAAAAAAAUCAUUUUAAAUAACAGAAUGUUUGUUUUGUAACGGGACACAAUACUCCAGCAUCUCCAGGCCACGUCUGGGCACCAAGAGUGGAGCUAAAAGAGAAAUAAUCAUCCUCAUCUUAUUUAAAACUCCUCUAAAAUAUCACAAUGUUUCCUUUUUAUCGGGACACAUUUAUAUAGCUUCUCCAGGACGCAGCAAGGCACCUAGAGAGGAGCUAGAAGGGGGGAAAAUCAUUUCUAAAACUCUGAAAAUAUCGAAAUGUUUCUGUUUUAAUGCGACACUUUCCCCAGCUUCUCCAGGACGCGUCUGAGCACUCACAGCGGAGCUAAAGGAGACAAAUCAGCCUCAUUUCAAUCCAAAAGAAGACCCUUAAAAACAGAAAAUGCUUCUCCUUUAAUGUGACACACUCUUUGGAACGCCUUACAUGAUUCUGGAGACUUUUACGCAUUUUUGGAGACUUUUACGCAUUGUGGAGAGUCUGCCUGCGCACUGAAAUGGGUGAUGGAAACUGACAUUCUGUGCGCCAAUAGAGGAUAAUAAUCGAUCAUAUUUUUAACCAAAGUGCUCUUGUUUUCCCGGCGAUGAUUGUGCUUCUGUUCGCGCUUUGCAUCACGGAUGGAGCGCUCUCUCAGAUUCGUUACUCUGUGCCGGAGGAGGCGGAUCACGGCACCUUGGUGGGGAAUAUCGCGGAGGACCUGGGACUGGACCUUACCAAACUGGCCUCCCGCCGCUUCCAGGUGGUGCCCAGCUCGCGGACGCCGUACCUGGAGGUGAACCUAGAGAACGGAGUGUUGUUCGUUAACGAGAAGAUCGACCGCGAGCAGAUCUGUAAGCAGAGCGCGACCUGCCAGCUGAACAUGGAAGUGUUCCUGGAGGAUCCUCUGGAGCUGUUCCGCGUGGAGAUCGAGGUGGUGGACAUUAAUGACAACCCGCCCAGCUUUCCGGAGACGGACAUCACGGUGGAGAUCUCCGAGAGCGCCACUCCGGGAACGCGCUUCCCUCUGGAGAGCGCGUUUGAUCCGGAUGUGGGCUCUAACGCGUUACGCACGUACGACAUUACCACGAAUAACUACUUCUACUUGGACGUGCAGACUCAGAGUGAUGGGAACAAGUUCGCAGAGCUGGUGCUGGAGAAGCCGCUGGAUCGGGAGCAGCAGGCGGCGCACAGGUACGUUCUGACAGCAGUGGAUGGAGGUCAGCCCCCACGCACCGGCACGGCUCUGCUAGUGGUCAAAGUGCUAGACUCCAACGACAACGUGCCGGUGUUUGAACAGCCGGUCUACACCGUGAACCUGGCUGAGAAUGCACCAGUGGGAACGCUGGUCAUCCAGCUGAACGCCACCGACCUGGACGAAGGACUGAACGGCGAGAUUGUUUACUCAUUCAGUAACCACAUCUCAAACCGAGUCAAAGACCUCUUCAGCAUCGAUCCCCGCACCGGGAGAGUGGAGGUGCGAGGGGAGGUGGACUUCGAGGAGAGCAGCCUGUACCAGAUCUUUGUCCAAGCCAAAGACUUGGGUCCAAACGCCGUGCCCGCACACUGCAAAGUGCUUGUGAAAGUCAGUGAUGUGAAUGACAACGCACCCGAGAUCACCUUCAGUACCGUCACAGAGUCCGUGAGCGAAAAGGCGGCCCCAGGCACCGUGAUCGCUCUGCUGAGUGUGACGGACCGGGACGCAGAGGAGAACGGACAGAUCCAUGUGGAAAUCCUAGGAGAUGUCCCCUUCAAAUUAAAAUCCUCCUUCCGGAACUAUUUCACCAUCGUGACGGAUGGCCCGUUAAACAGGGAGCAGGCGGACUCAUACUCCGUCACGGUGGUCGCAAGGGAUAAAGGCACACCCUCUCUGGCCACCAGUAAGUCCAUCCGGGUCCAGGUUUCUGAUGAGAACGAUAACGCCCCCACUUUCACGCAGUCCAUCUAUGAUGUGUAUGUAACAGAGAACAAUGUACCAGGGGCAUACAUCCAUGCGGUGACCGCCCUGGAUCCGGACGUGGGUCAGAAUUCUUUGAUCAGUUAUUCUAUCCUGGAGACGGAGAUCCAAGGCAUGUCUGUGAAGACGUAUGUGUCCAUCAAUGAAGAAACAGGCUACCUGUAUGCUCUGCGCUCCUUUGACUACGAGCAGCUCAAAGAUUUCACCUUCAUGGUACAGGCCCGGGACGCAGGCACCCCUGAACUGUCAUCCAACGCUACAGUCAAAGUCAUCAUCGUGGACCAGAAUGACAAUGCCCCACUUGUCCUCGCACCCCUGGGAAAGAAUGGUACAGCCAUGGAGCCGCUCCCACGUUCGGCAGAGCCAGGUUACCUGGUGACCCGUAUUGUGGCCAUGGACGCUGAUGACGGUGAGAACGCCCGCCUAUCAUACAGCAUCCAUCGAGGAAAUGAGAAUGGGAUGUUUCGGAUGGACUGGAGGACUGGAGAACUUCGGACAGCCCGCCGGGUGUCCACCAAGAGAGACCCCAACCAGCUGUACGACCUGCUCAUAGAGGUCAGAGACCACGGACAGCCCCCCAUGUCCUCCAGCGCCAGUGUCAAGGUGAUGUUGGUGGACAGCGUGGCUGAGGGCCGGGGCAGCGGGGACAGGGGGGGUGCCACCAAGGCCAAAGAGGGCACGCUAGAUCUGACUCUAAUUCUGAUCAUUGCUCUGGGCUCCGUCUCUUUUAUCUUCCUGCUCGUCAUGAUCGUGCUCGCUGUGCGCUGCCAGAAGGACAAGAAGUUCAACAUCUACACGUGUGUGAGCAGUGACUGCUGCUUUGGCUGCUCGUCCUGCUGCUCCCGUGGGGGGCGUGCACGCAAGAAGAAACUCAGCAAGUCGGACAUCAUGCUGGUACAGAGCGCGGGUAACGUGAGCGGGGGUGGCACCGCGCAGGUCCCAGUUGAGGAGUCAGGCAGCUUUGGCUCACACCACCAAAACCAGAACUAUUGCUACCAGGUAUGUCUGACUCCAGAGUCGGCCAAAACUGACCUCAUGUUCCUAAAGCCGUGUAGUCCGUCACGGAGCUCAGACACGGAGCAGUGCGGGGGCGGGGCCAUAGUCACAGGGUACACUGACCAGCAGCCUGACAUCAUAUCAAAUGGCAGCAUUUUAUCCAACGAGACCAAACACCAACGAGCCGAGCUCAGCUACCUGGUCGACCGGCCGAGACGUGUCAACAGCUCGGCGUUCCAGGAGGCCGACCUCGUCAGCUCCAAAGACAGCGGCCAUGGCGACAGCGAGCAGGGGGACAGUGACCACGACGCCACCAACAGAGGCCACUCCUCCGGUGCCGAUCUCUUCUCUAACUGCACGGAGGAGUGUAAAGCUCUGGGCCACUCGGACCGCUGCUGGAUGCCGAGCUUCGUGCCCUCCGACGGGCGCCAGGGCCCGGACUACCGCAGCAACCUCCACGUGCCCGGCAUGGACUCGGUCCCGGACACAGAGGUAUUUGAAAGUCCCGAGCAGACGGCUGAUAAGUCGUUCUCCACGUUUGGCAAAGAGACGCCUCUCAGUCACCUCCACCAAAACCACCAACACCACCUCAAAAACCAUCAUCACCUCAGCCACCAGCACGGCUCCAUAGAGAGGAAAGAGUUGGAGGCAUUUCUGCCUAGCUCCAGAGCAACUUUUAACCCCGCUUAUUUAACGAGGAAAAGGGUUUGCUAGCUCCUUUCGCGUGGACAUACCAGAGACCGCGUGACUUUGCACAAUCACUCCUCAACGACUAAGGCUAUAAAAAAGAAAAGCAUCAAAUUUCAGACCUGUAUUACCCCAGUCCACGCUCACCCUCUCCCCCCUCCUCACUGAGGAAAAAACUACCAAGAAAAACACGUGACUACUCACAAACUAAGGAAGUAAGAGAUCCCUCCAUCCUGGACUUCCUUGGAGCACUGCCGGGCUUCAGAGGCACCCCAGCCUUCAGGAUUUUGGACUUUAUUUUGAGGUGGGGUGCAGGCAGGUCAAUGGAUAGCCUUACUGGGAGGAAACCUCACUGUCUCAGCCGGACUGAGAACCAAACAGGAGGAGGACGGACUCUGAUGACGGGGAGAUGAACUGAUCUCUCUGAGCUUUUCCAAUCUGCGUGUGCCUGUUUACAGCACUGAGGAGAAUCAAACCAUACGAGGACUGCUAACGUGUGCCGAAAAAUGACUGAUCGAUGCGAGAGCCACUUGGAGAAAACCGCCACUGAGCCCUUUAGGCGUUUGUACUCGCAGAGAGACGCCAAAUUGUACAGGAGAAUCUUUGUGCAUUUGAAAAUGCAAUACCACUGUUUUAGAUUUUUCUAUUCUGUUCGUGUGGUCGAGUGUCUCUAUUCCGAUCAAACUUUGUAAGAAAAGAUUGUGGGCAGGAUAUUUUUUUAUUUAUGUUUUUCUUUAAUGGACCAUAUUCCCACGCUGGCCAUGUUCAUGUGAUGUCACGCUCAAUAUGGAAAGCUCAAAUGUUGCAUUCUUGUUGUGCCAUUCUUGUAGUUUGUUGAGAUUCUUAAAACUUUUUUGAGUUGUUUCCUGAUCAAAAAGUGACUAAAAAGACCAUGGAUAUUGAAAAUCCAUAAGGCAUUUGAUAAUCAAUUCUAAGAAAAAAUAGUUUUCAGCAGCUGCAGUUGGACUGAAGCUAAACACCCUAAAUAACAUGAAUGUUUGGUAAUCAUUGAUAUGAUUAAACAAGGGAAAAACUGAGGGAAAAAACACUGGAUGUAUUAAAACUUGACAUUAGUUGUGUAACACUAUCACCAAGCUACACUGUAGGUUUCAUGUUACAUGUUUCAUGUUCAGUGCAGUCUAUGGAAGCUUAUAUCCACCAUGCUCCGCCUCUUGCUGUAAGCAUUGCAUUUUUGGCUCACUAACGUGGAACUAAAGUACACAGUUGCAUCACAACAAUGCUUCUUAAUAUGGUCAGCAAUUACUCAGGGCUGUCAAGAUGAAUCAUAUUAAUUCAUGAUUAACUAUAAUUCACAAUUGCGGCCCUGAACAUUUUUUAAUCAGAAUUAAUUUCCUGAUUUAUUGUCUCUUUCAGCACUCCUUAGUUAGGCCACUGCAGCCUCUCCCUACAGUGAUGCAAAAUAAGCCCACCACUGCUCCUUAUCCUCAUUUCACUUUAAAAACUCACAGAUAACUCUGAAGACAAAUAAAAUGUCAUCUGAACCUAAUACAUUUUUUAACCUUUCAACUGCCUCUUAUUUUCUUUUCAAUCCAUGACAAGUUCGUAUUCUGUGAUUUAGUUUAUGUCAUAUGUUCAGUUCUAUAAAAGUAGUUAUAUAUCCAAACAGGAAGUCAAGUGACCUUUAGUUGAAAAUGACAAUAACAAUUUGACAUGCAAAAUAAGAGAAUUUUCAAAUGUAAUGAACAGGGUGCAAUUAAUCGGGGUUAAAUAAAAAUAAAAAAAAUCAUUUUACAGCCCUAAAAUUAAUCAUUACAUUGCAGGCCUGUAGCCAGCCUGGUGGCUGAUAAGUAAUCAAGACCCAAAGGCCCCUCCUGUUGGUAUUUUCAGAAUUCCCUCGAGUUCAUGAGUUGUGAUGUGUAAAAUUUUCAGAAACAGCAGAACCAUUGAUGUCAGUUUUUAGCCACAUAUGGGGUCAGAAGAAGCCAUGGCAAGUGUUCAUCAUGAUCCUCAUUUUUUGUGAUGUCUCUUGCUACUUCAUGUGGCAAGAAAACACAAUUAAUUACUAUAAUGCUACACAUGCACUGUAAAAUGGAACAAGUUGAAACAGCACAAAAAAAAGUUUUUAAACUGAUUAUGUCAAAGUUUUUAAGUAGUGUAAAGAGAUUUACAUUUCUGUUGGAUUAACUUGAUUUUUACAAGUUCAACUACACUGUGGAAACUUCCCUACACAUAAUAAUUACACCACCUAUUCUGAAGUUUAGUUGCUACCUACAAAUGAGACUUGUCUAACUCAGUAACUUCACACAUGGUGCAAAAGUGUGCAGUGCCCAAAGGCAUUCUGGUAAAACUCUGCAGAUAAAAGGAUGAUUGUCAAAUAAUUUGAGUCGAUAACAAAAUGACUUGGAAAGAUUGAGUGUUGUUUACUUUAAACUAAAAUUAUUUUCAGUCAACUCGAUUUUUUAUUUUUACUUAAGCCCAACUCUUUUUAAACAACUUUCAACUCUUAUGUCCUACAGUGUCGAAGGCCAGAAGGAGAACAAGCCAUCUUUUGGCAUUCAUGUUGCGUGUUCUCAUGGGGUAGCCUUUCCUAUAUACGACUUUAUCCAACCAUUAAAAAGCAUCCGUCCAUCUAGAUCUCUUUCUAGAUUCUAAGUAUUUGUUGUCUUAAUAGUCUGUAUUCAAUUAGGAGGCAAAAAUCAGCUGUCAGAAUCUCAGCCGCAAAUGAAAAACAACCAGGAAUGUUAACAGUGCUACACGAUAACAGCAAUUGAGUUUUCCACUCUGACGUAACAUCACAAGAACAUGGCCGCCGCAGGACUACAGUCUACUUGUUCUUUUUUUGAAUGGGGUUUGGUUUGUUCACCUUACUGCGGGGUUGGACGCCGUCCGUCCCGCUUUUUUCUGAUUCUGAGGUGUCGAGUAGUUUCUAUCAUGUGUGAGAAGUGUUUACUGUACUCUUUUAAAAGUUUCAAGCUGAAUAUAAAACUCUAUAUAUAAAUCUAUCUAUAUCUA